CCCCGGUGCUCCCCCCCCUCCCCGUUACAGCAGCCGCCACCCCUCCUGCGCCUCUUGAUCCCCGCUCCAUCCCGCCCGUCGUCCCCGCAGCCCGUCCCGGGAGCGCCGCUGCCCCUCCGCCCGCUCCGGGACAGGGCGCGGGGCCGGGCGCCGCCGCUGCUGCUGCUACCGCCGCCGUUACCGCCGCCGCCGCCGGUCGGGCGAUGCCGAAGCCGCCGUUACUGCUGCGGGGGAGCCGCCCCGGGGACAGCGAGCUGGGGCGGCAGUUCCGGGACUGGUGCCUGCGCACCUACGGGGACUCGGCCAAAACCAAGACGGUGACCCGGAGCAAGUACCAGCGCAUCGCCGAGGUGCUGCAGGGGGGAACCGGCUCCGGCGGCGGCUCCGGCGGGGGGGAGAAAGGCAAGUUCCAGUUCUGGGUCCGGUCCAAGGGCUUCCGCCUGGGAAACGGCACCAGGGAGGCGACGAAGAUGGGUCAAGUGGUGGUAUAUGUGCCGGUGAAAACGGGAACGGGGGCAGAUGGACUGUCGGAGCCCGAGGGCAUCUCUCUGAAACGCGUGGCUGUGGUGGAAGAUUUCUUUGACAUCAUCUACUCCAUGCAUGUGGAAAGCUCGUCGGAGCCGGGCAAAGCACCCAAACAUGCCGGGCAGAAGAAAACCUACCGAGCGAUUGCAGAGACCUAUGCUUUCCUCCCGAGAGAGGCUGUGACCAGGUUCCUGAUGAGUUGCACUGAGUGCCAGAAGAGGAUGCAUUUCAACUCCAACGGCCUGGAGCCCAAAGAGAGUGAGCCACCUUCCUCCUUGGUUUCUGGGAUCAUUGACUACAACAUGCCCCUCACCUCGACUUACCUGAAGCAGAUGAAGCUGCGGGUGAUGAAUUCACAGGAGCAGGAUGAGACGUCGGUGAGCAGCGAGGACUUUGAUAUGAACGACUCCACAUGGAUCUCAGCUGACCAGCACCUGAACUCCAGCCUGAGCCCCAGCCAGGACGAGAGCAUGCGCAGCCCGCAGAACCUGCACGGCCACGAGGACGAUGACUCCUCGUCAGAGAGCUGCAGCGGGAAUGGCUCCUCCACCCUGAACCCCUCCACCUCCAGCAGCACGCAGGGCGACAGCGCCUUCCCCGAAAUGAACGGCAAUGGCACCGCAGCGCCCAUGGACUUCACCGCCGCCGCUGACGACCAGCCCAUCAACCUCUGCGACAAGCUCAUGCCUGCCCACAUCACCCCCUCCUACCAGUCUGACAGCUGCAGUGCCGACGGGCUGCGCAGCAGGGUCAAGUACGGGGUGAAAACCACGGCAGAGUCCCCCCCGUACAGCUCUGGAAGCUAUGACUCCAUCAAGACAGAGGUGAGCGGCUGCCCCGAGGACCUGACUGUGGGCAGGGCCCCCACAGCUGAUGAAGAUGAUGAUGACCAUGACGACCAUGAAGACAAUGAUAAGAUCAAUGACUCGGAGGGGAUGGACCCAGAGAGGCUAAAGGCCUUCAAUAUGUUCGUGCGCCUUUUUGUGGACGAGAACCUGGACCGGAUGGUUCCCAUCUCCAAGCAGCCCAAGGAGAAGAUCCAGGCCAUCAUUGAGUCCUGCAGCCGGCAGUUCCCCGAGUUCCAGGAGCGGGCACGCAAGCGCAUCCGCACCUACCUCAAGUCCUGCCGCCGCAUGAAGAAGAAUGGGAUGGAGAUGACCAGGCCCACGCCGCCUCACCUGACCUCAGCCAUGGCAGAGAACAUCCUGGCCGCUGCCUGCGAGAGCGAAACGCGGAAAGCAGCCAAGAGGAUGCGGCUGGAGAUCUACCAGACCUCCCAGGAUGAACCGAUCGCUCUAGACAAGCAGCACUCCAGAGACUCCACAGCCAUCACCCACUCCUCCUACUCACUGCCAGCUUCAUCUUACUCCCAAGACCCGGUCUACAUCAAUGGAAGCCUGAACUACAGCUACCGUGGCUACGGGUCCCUGGGGGGCAGCUUGCAGCCCCCCGCAUCCCUCCAGACGGGCAACCACAGUAAUGGUCCGACCGAUCUCAGCAUGAAAGGUGGGGCCUCCAGCACGGCCCCCUCCAACAGCACCAGCCGGGGCAUGCAGGCGGCGCAGCUGAGCCCCACGGAGAUCAGCGCCGUGCGGCAGCUCAUCGCCGGCUACCGGGAGUCAGCGGCGUUCCUGCUCCGCUCUGCAGAUGAACUGGAAAACCUCAUUUUACAGCAGAACUGACUCCCCGUGUCCACAUCGCUCCUCGGUCGACAAGACAAUUUGUACCUGCUAGAAGGAGGCUCCCGGCGGUGUCCUGCUCAGGACCACCAUCGUCCUCCCGCCACGCGGUGGGCACACGUAGUUUUAGAAGGUGGGAUCCAAAAGACCUGUUUUCUUUUACACUCCAAGCACCUGGGACUUCAGGCACAAGGACACGUUUUGGAACCGCACCAACGCCCGUGCCUCCGGCCGACCAGAAGCCAACCCUGCAGCUUGGAAGGAUGUGGGACUUUGAAGGGCAGAAGGGAGCCUGGGGAGGUUUGGGGCUGCAGAUGUAUUUAGAAUAACCUUUGUGGACCCAAAUGUUAGAUUCCCAUCCCUGGAUAAUUUCCAAGUCUUAGGUGAGCUGAAUCACAUAUUUAUUGAGAAAUGGACCCUCCUCUCCCCUUAGUAAUUUAUUUUUCUGAAAA